AUGGACGGAACGGAAAUGACUAGAAUCGUUGAAGCAGGGGUACCCCAGGGCUCGGUCCUGGGGCCCCUGUUAUGGAAUCUAACUUUUGAUAAAAUCCUAAAGGCUAAGACUGAGAAUGGGUGUAGACUGAUGGUACGCGGACGACACCCUCAUUCUGGCGUUGGCGAAGUCGGUCGAAACAGCGAAGAGAAGAGCUACACUACAGAUAGCGCGCACGAUUCGAUUGUUGUUUUUACCCCAAAUAAAAGAAUACCUCCGGAAAUAGAAAUAACAGUAGAUGGAGAAAUAGUAAAAUCAAAAAGAACGAUCAAAUAUUUAGGCGUCAUAGUAGACGAUAAGCUAACGUUUACGGAACACAUAGAUUACGUAGAAAAUAAGAUCAAUAAAGUUAUGAGAUCAUUAUGGAAAUUAAUGUCCAAUCUAAGCUGGCCAACAGAGAAAAAGCGGCAAUUAUACGCGAAUGUUUUAUCGUCCAUUAUAUUGUACGCGGCCCCGGUUUGGGCCCAUAAGGCAUCAAAGAAGGAAAAAAUACAAGAUACGCUCCGAAGACUUCAUAGGAGCAUAUCCCAGCGCGUGAUAGCAGCGUACAAAACAACAUCUGGAGAUGCAGCUGCCAUAUUAGCGAGGAUUCCUCCCUACCACAUGACAAUGGAAAAAUAUUUACAAGAGAAGAGUAAAGCUGGAGCACGUACCAGAGAAGCGGUCUUACCUAUAUGGGAAACUUGGAUUAAUAGACGACAUGGAAAUAUAAGUUUUAAACUCACCCAAUUAUUUACGGGACAUGGCGUAUUUUACGCCUUCCUCAAAAGAAUCGGCAAGGCGAGCUCCGACAUCUGCCCGCAUUGUGACACACAAGAUAGAGACACCGCAGAACAUACUCUUAUGGAGUGCGAAGCCUGGAAAGAAUACAGGAUGGAAUUACUGAAUAAGAUCAAGCUGACAAGGAAUGAACUUACGUUAGGAUCACUAAUCAAGCAGAUGGCGAAAGACAAGCAGGAUUGGCUGGCAGCACACGACUUCGCGGAAAAAGUCUUCCUGGAAAAAGAAGAGAAAGAGAGACAGUUGGAGGCGGAGGCGGAUUCCCUCCCCUCUUCCCCGGAACAAUCUAGAACAGAAAGCGAUUAG